GAGGACUCGGAGGUCGCAGCUACUCUGAGUCUCAUCGACGGGAAACCUUGUCAGCCACCAUGUGGAUCUCAGAUACACACUCCGCUAUAUAUCCGAGUCGCCCACUGUCAACUCACUCUCCAGGACGGCUCCUCCCGUCCGCCCACAAUGGGUGCCCGUUCUCCCCUCGACAGCGCAAAAGCCGCGAGGCUCACAUCGUACAGGACGUGUUGCGCGUCCGCCUUCGUGAGCGGGCUAAGGUCUGAGUAUCCCAGUCCCCCUCGACCGGCCCUAGCAGGGCCCUGGCCUCACAGGCUAGCGCGACGUAUCAGAAAUACCGCUGCAUCCCUCGAGCCCGAAGAAGGAGUAAUGUGCGCACACCGAUAUGGUAACAAUAAGACUUCGGCGGUAGUGCUGAGCUGCUGCCUGUGGGUGGGGUCCAAACAUGGCGUGUCGGUCGUGACAUAUGAACCGGAGGGAUGGGGUGUAGCUUUGGGACACGUCGCGGGGACAGAGCGGUCAUCUUGCUCGUACGUCCUGGCUUCUUCUCGUCGUCGCAGUGCUCGGCUUCGGCUUGAGUGCGCAGACGGAUGUGGCGGGGUGUCGGUGUCCUCGAAGGCAUCAACUGCAUUGGAUGACGAGAGUUGUUUAUGGCCACUUUGCGUGGAUGUCUGCCCAUCAGUUCACUUCGCGGCGCGCGAGGCUCGAUCCUCGCGAAAACUCGAUUCAGACUACUCUUGCGCUGUCGGGUCAAAGCUUAUUUUUCCCCUCUUUGCUCUUCGUGAGCUACUAUUACUAGUGUUCUUCAGACAGAAGUCCGUGUAUGCGCCAGCGGAGCUUUGUCAACGAGCCGGCGAUGAGAUCUGAUGUCCGCUCAUAAUCAAGAAAGUUUGGUUCUAUGACUGUCUCGCAUUAUUGAAGCACUGUCCAAACUGACCUUUGUUGUCGCGUAUGUAGGUCUCAUUGAUAUCGUCGCAUCUCACGCUUCCAUAAUUACUGUCAUUUUAGGCUCGGCGGGGUAAGUGCCUUGUGGUGAGUCGGACAAAUGUGGAGAACCGAGGUUAGAGUUGGACUGCGUUAUCGAUGCACAGUUGGCUUAUUUCCAAGUUCGUUCAGUGCUUCUCUGGCAUUGGCGAGUCUUUCGGGCCCCGUGUUACAUGCAAAUGUCUCUGUAUGCGGUAAUAUAUCUUGUCAUGCGCA